CGGGUGGAGCUUGUGAACGUGGGAACGUUGGUGGGCUGCUGCUGUUGCUGCUGGAGUGAAAAUUGUUUGACAGGGAGGUGAGGCGACCUGUGCACGGGGGACUCGCAGGAGAAGUUAGUUUUUACCGUGGCGUUAGCCAGCUUUUUGAGUCAGCGGGAAGGCGAGACUCGGGGGCGACAAAUGGUUCCUUCGCGUGUAAGCAACAGGGCUCAGAGCGAAAUGUCAGGCACUGUUUCAGCCUUGAGCAGCGUGAAGCGCGACUAGUACACCGCAACGGGGAAAAUAUUCAGAGGGGAGAGAGAAUGCGAAUGGUGCGAAGAUACCGAAAUCAAACAAAAUGGAAACGAUGUAGCGUCGCUGCGGCAUUUCAUAUAGCUAGAACUAACGUUAGAGUAGAGAAUAGAUAGCCAAGGAGCUAGCACGUUUACUAACAUACAUGUAAAGUUAUUCACCAGAGAAACUGAAGCAGAGCCCGGAGGCGUCUGUUGAAUCUGAAGAGUUCAUCAGCAUUGUGAAAUUAAAGGAAGAAAAGAUGCUACGGAGAAGACUGAACCGUUGGUUUGGUGGUGAGGACAGAAGAGUAGGCAGUAGGACUAUCUAUGUUGGUCAUCGGCCGUGUCCUGCCAAUGAAGUUUUCAUCCCACCCAAGUUCUGUGAUAACAGGAUUGUGUCCUCGAAGUAUACAGUAUGGAACUUUCUACCAAAGAACCUGUUUGAACAAUUUAGAAGAAUUGCCAAUUUCUACUUCCUUAUCAUCUUCCUGGUGCAGGUGAUAGUGGAUACCCCCACCAGCCCAGUCACCAGUGGCCUACCAUUAUUUUUUGUGAUUACAGUAACUGCUAUCAAGCAGGGAUAUGAGGACUGGCUGCGGCACAAGGCUGACAAUGAGGUGAAUAAGUACCGAGUGACAGUGCUUGAAGAUGGCCGGAGGAUACAAAAAGAGAGUGAGAAGAUCAAGGUGGGAGAUGUUUUGGAGGUGGAGGAAGACGAGACCUUUCCCUGUGAUUUAAUAUUGCUGCAGUCUAGCCGAGAUGAUGGCACAUGUUUUGUUACCACAGCAAGUCUGGAUGGAGAAUCGAAUCAUAAAACACACUACACAGUGCCAGACACAGAGCGCGAUGUGGAAUCUCUCAACGCCACCAUUGAGUGCGAACAGCCACAGCCUGACCUUUACAAGUUUGUCGGUCGUAUGCACAUCUACAAAAACAAUGAGGAGCCUUCGCUAAGGUCACUGGGCCCAGAAAACCUCCUGCUGAAAGGAGCAACUUUAAAGAACACUCAAAGCAUCUGUGGUGUUGCAGUUUACACCGGCAUGGAGACAAAGAUGGCUCUUAACUACCAAGGAAAAUCUCAGAAACGCUCUGUUGUGGAAAAGUCUAUCAAUGCCUUCCUUUUGGUUUACCUUUGCAUAUUAGUGAGCAAGGCCUUAGUGUGUACUACACUUAAGUAUGUAUGGCAGAGCAAGCCUGGACAGGAUGAGCCCUGGUACAACGAGAAAACUCUGAAAGAAAAGGAAACCAAUCUGUACCUUAACAUGUUCACCGACUUCCUGUCCUUCAUGGUGCUCUUCAACUUCAUCAUUCCAGUGUCCAUGUAUGUGACCGUUGAAAUGCAGAAGUUUUUGGGAUCGUUUUUCAUAUCCUGGGAUAAAGAUUUCUUUGACAGUGAAAUUGAGGAAGGGGCACUGGUCAACACCUCGGACCUCAAUGAAGAGCUGGGACAGGUGGAGUACGUCUUCACAGACAAGACGGGGACCCUAACUCAGAAUAACAUGGAGUUCAUAGAGUGCUGCAUUGAUGGCCACCAAUACAAGUACAGGGAUGCGAGCUCGGAAGUGGACGGAUUCUGCGUUACAGAUGGACCUAUGAACACAGUACAACAGAAAGCUGGCAGGGAAAGGGAAGAGCUGUUUCUGCGUGCCCUGUGCCUGUGCCACACAGUCCAGGUAAAGGAGUCUACAGAGCAGGGUCAAGGUCAAGAUGGACGGAUAGACCAGGUGGAUGGAUUAAUGGUAGAUGGACAAGUGGUCCCUCCACUGCAGGAGCAGAGGGGCUUUAUAGCCUCCUCACCUGAUGAGAUUGCUUUGGUCCAGGGUGCAAUGAGGUACGGCUUCACAUUUCUUGGCCUCGAAAGUAAAACCAUGAAAAUUCUCAACAGGACAAAUGACGUUGAAAUGUAUGAAUUGCUUCAUGUGUUGAACUUUGACCCAGUCAGAAGGCGAAUGAGUGUAAUCGUCAGAUCAAUAUCAGGUGAAACACUGCUCUUUUGUAAGGGAGCCGACUCCUCCAUCUUCCCCCGAGUCAAACAGGAGGAAGUUGAAAAGAUACGCAUGCAUGUGGAGCGUAAUGCAACAGAUGGUUACCGGACACUGUGUGUGGCCUACAAACAUCUUACUGCUGAGGAGUAUGACCAGGUAGAUUCAGGAUUAAGGGAAGCUAGACUGGCUCUGCAGGACAGAGAGGAGAAGCUCAUGGCUGUUUACAACCAAGUGGAGACUGGAAUGAAUCUAAUUGGAGCUACUGCUGUUGAAGAUCGUCUUCAAGAGGAGGCAGCAGAGACUAUGGAGGCUCUGCAGGGAGCAGGUAUUAAAGUGUGGGUCUUAACAGGAGACAAGAUGGAGACGGCCAAAUCCACCUGCUAUGCUUGCAGAUUGUUCAAGAGGAACACAGAGCUGUUGGAGCUAACAGUGCGUACUCUAGAGUCUCCAGGAAAAAGGCGUGAGGACCGACUGCAUGACCUCUUGCUCGAGUACCACAAGAAAACUGUACAGGAUGCACCACCAGCAAAGACAUGUGUUGCCAGGAAUUGGUCCAGCCAGGAUUAUGGUUUUAUAGUAGAUGGAGCCACUCUGUCGAUGGUGCUCAACUCAUCCUCUGAAAACAACUUACAUGACUAUAAGGACCUAUUUCUACAGAUAUGUCAAAACUGCACGUCUGUGCUCUGCUGCCGCAUGGCUCCCUUACAAAAGGCACAGAUAGUUAAAAUGGUGAAGAACUCCAAAGGCAGCCCAAUCACCCUUUCCAUUGGAGAUGGAGCCAAUGAUGUCAGCAUGAUUUUGGAAGCUCAUGUAGGCAUUGGCAUUAAGGGGAAAGAGGGUCGACAGGCGGUGAGGAACAGUGAUUAUGCCAUCCCCAAACUGAAGCACCUCAAGAAACUUUUGUUGGGACAUGGGCAUCUCUACUAUGUUCGCAUUGCACACCUGGUGCAGUAUUUCUUUUAUAAGAAUCUUUGCUUCAUCUUACCACAGUUUUUGUACCAGUUCUUCUGCGGCUGUUCCCAGCAACCCCUGUAUGAUGCGGCCUAUCUGACGAUGUACAACAUCUGCUUCACCUCUAUGCCCAUCCUGGCUUACAGUCUUUUCGAACAGCAUAUUUCCAUUGAGAUGCUCCUGGAAAAUGCUACCCUCUACAGACAAAUCGGUAAGAAUGCCAUGUUACGGUGGGGACCAUUUCUCUACUGGACAUUACUGGGAGUCUUCCACGGCUUGGUCUUCUUCUUUGGUGUUUGGUUUUUGUUCAGCAACCCAGCCCUGCAGGAUAAUGGCCAGGCUUUUGGGAACUGGUCAUAUGGAACGAUUGUAUUCACCAUCCUUGUUUUCACUGUAACACUAAAGUUGGCUCUGGAUACACGGCACUGGACAUGGAUAAACCACUUUGUGAUAUGGGGUUCCCUGGCUUUCUAUGUGUUUUUCAGCUUCUUCUGGGGAGGAGUAAUAUGGCCUUUCCUGAGACAGCAACGGUUAUACUUUGUGUUUGCCAACAUGCUGAGCUCGGUGUCAGCCUGGCUGGUCAUCAUCGUGCUCAUCCUGCUCAGCCUAUUGCCAGAAAUCCUCUACGUGGUGCUCCGCAAGCCCCGCGGCCCUUACGCUCGACAGCCAUCAUUGGAAUCCCUCCUACAAACAUCAAGAUUGCAGCAGUAAUGCCACUAUCGUACAAGCAUCUAAAGGAGCGCGACUAAAAGGCAUCGAGGACUCAUAACAGUCACGUCAACCUCAUUCAGGGUCCCGUACCAAGGAAGAACGUCUGCCAUCUGAAAGGAGGAGAUGGAAAAAAAUCAGAAGAAACGCGUUCGGUCCUUUGAGAGGGUUUAAAAGGCUUUUGACUUGUGUGUCUCCUUCUCCGUCCUUCGCUGUCAAACCUCAAAAAGCAGCCACCUCUCAUGCAUGCUUACAGAGCAGUGCUCUACAUUCUUUUAUACAGUAUCUACUUAGACCCCAGGCAUGAGUUUUCUUUCUUUUUUUUUUUUUUUUGUACCUUACUAUAGAAGCGAAUGCAUACAUGGCUGCCUUGUCAGUAGCUCUAUUCAUCUGCUGUUUUAACAAGCAGCUGAAAUAUCCACUUCAAGAAUGCUAAAUGUGCAUGAAAGAAGGCUCAAAAGAACACAACUCCACCAACGUUUAGUCUCUGCAUUCUACAAGCUUUUUUAAUAUAUUAUCAACAGUUUCAGAGGUUAUUCUACUUUAGUGUUAUUACACUUUUCAACUGUUAAGUUUUAAAUUGUUUCAAAUAUUUUAGUAAACACACUCCUCAACGGAUCCAAAUCAUUUGGGAUGAAAAGUUACUGAAUGUGAUUUCAGCCCAGCUCAGAUCAGCUUAACGACUGUUAAAGUGGUUUUCUGGUUGUAGAUGUUUAUUUGUAUCUAGUAAUGCCAUUUAUAUUGAAUACUAAGAUAUGAGGGGUCAGCAGAGGUCAUAUCAACCCUCAGUCCAAAAACUGCGUGUGUUUAUGUAAGGCUAAGAAAUGCAUUAGAGAUUUUAAGGAUAUUCUGGCAAUGAGACAUUGCUUGGAGCGUCACCUCCAAUAUUCCAACCUCAGAGAUAGUUCAAGAGAGUCAGAUUUGAAUGAGAAAGUUAAUGUAUGUACAGUAGUAUAGAGAUAUAUUGUUAGCAUCUGCUCGAAGCCAAAAACAUGAACGCAAUGCGAUCAGAGUCUGUCCGCACUCACGUGCCCUAAAAGUGAUGUUUUGUUGUAUGGGUGUGACACAAGUGUAGGGCAAAUGCACUGGGUGAGAAUAGCCACAAAUGCCUGUGUGUAAUGUAAACCAGGAUUACUUGAAACCUUACUGAUGUAGUUCUGUUAGACAUUUUCUGCACUAUUAAGGAAACUGGUUUCUGCAUUGUGUAGAUGGUCACCAAGGCACAUGAAUAUAUGCCUGAGCGCACACACGCACAUAUCAGAGAAGAACAUUACACGAACAGUAACCACCUUACACAUAAUGUCACACAUGUACUAGAGCCUAAAUGAGGUAUUUGUAUUCUUAGCCAUUUACAAGUUUGCUUAUUUUGUCUCAGUCAGGCUGAAGUUGGGGAUUAAAGAAAACCAGCUUCAUCGGAAUAGUUAAUGCCACUGUGAGACUCUACUCUCUGGAGUGGACCGUUCGGCCCCUUGUUUCUUCCUUUAACUUGUGUGUAGUGCUUCAUACAUUCCAUUUAAACAUAAUUACAUGAUUUCAGACACUUUUGAUGAUGCUUUGGUUUGUUUCUUUUCCCCCCCUUUCUUUUCUUCACAAGUGUAUAUUGUGUACUUUGCAUAUUUAUUAAGUAAAUGUAAUUUGACUCACAAAUGUUAUAUUUUUUAUUACUUUCAGUUUUAAAUUGUGGAGCGUGUUCUGCUUUGUGUCAUUUUAGUUGGCCUGUUUUACUACAGCUCUGUUGUGAGACUGUGCCAGUGUCAUUAAAUAGUCAAUUUUAUCUACACAAAGGCAGGCAGACCCUCCUCUGUGAAGACAUUCAGCAUCCCAAAAAUUAGCCUCGGACCCGAUGCCACUACUUUUUGUCUGGUGGUUUAACUGCAAGUUGAAGUUGAAAGCGAUCAUUGUUACUGAUUAUUUAUGUUUAGAUGCCAAUCUGUAUAGAAUAUGUCUUUAUGAUGAUUUUAACUACUGCUUCGCUGAUCUCUGCUCAAACAUGCUGUGUAUUAAAUCUCCCUGACUGUAACCUAAAUAGCUGUAAAAAAUAAAAUUUAAAAAAAAUCAUCUGCACAAUGGCAAAUGCAGCUGUUAGGCCUAAGGGACUUUAAGGAUUUAUAUGGAAAGCAGGGGUUUUGUUUUGUUUUUGUUUUGUUUGGUCACCUAAAGACCUGUGCCAGAGAUAACUGGAUGUAAGAUGAUUCACAGAAGGGGCUGCCUGCUUUGUUACCAGAUAUAAACCUUUAAGUUACAUAUAUAUGGAAAAAAGAAAUGCUAUUUUCGAAGCUUAAAAUGUGUUCAAAUCUAAUUUUGCCUGUCUAAAUUAAAAGUAAAAA